CACCGUGAUCUGCGCUUCGAGUGGGUGGCCGAUCGCACUGCCGACGUUGACUCGCGGUGGAUCGCGCGUUCCGGAUAACGCGCAGGACGAUGAUCGCGACGUCAGUCUCGCCGCCGGCGCCCAAGUGCCGGAAGUGAAGUCGUGCGAGGGUGGCGAGCGAGGAACGGGUCCGGGGCACCGCUCGCAGCCGGACGGAGAGGCGACACGCGACGGGCAUGGUACAGUAGUCGGCGGGCAACAUCAUGGGCGCCCAGCAGACCAAGGACAGGGUGAUCCCCGUCGGAUCCACCGUGCGACAGACGAGGAAGCAGCCCAGGAACCUGAAGGAUACACGCGUCAUAGGCUCUAACAUAUUCACCGAGCACAGCGAGGCGCUUUUGCAAAGUAGACCGCUACCUCACAUUCCAGCAUUGCCAGAAGGUGACCCUCCAAGUGGUUCUAGCAUUCAAUCAAUCUCACAACAAGCAAACGUUCAACAACACAGCAGUGUGUCUAGUGGACUUCUUGAAGCAGCAAAUAGAUGGACCAGCAAAGAGAAUCUGCUGGCGCAGGAAGAGGACGAUCCUCAAUUAUUUGUCGCCUUGUACGAUUUCCAAGCUGGUGGGGAGAAUCAGCUUAGUCUGAAAAAAGGUGAACAAGUGCGUAUCCUAAGCUACAACAAGAGCGGAGAAUGGUGUGAGGCCCACUCGAGCACCGGGCAAGUAGGAUGGGUACCGUCGAAUUACGUGACUCCCGUCAACUCCCUGGAGAAACACUCUUGGUAUCACGGCAGGAUAUCGAGGAAUGCUGCGGAGUAUCUGCUGAGCUCGGGAAUAAAUGGCAGCUUUCUCGUUCGGGAGUCGGAAAGCAGCCCCGGGCAACGUAGCAUAUCUCUGAGAUACGAGGGUCGAGUGUACCACUACAGGAUCAACGAGGACAGCGAAGGCAAGAUGUUCGUGACGACGGAGAGCAAGUUCAACACGCUGGCUGAACUAGUGCACCAUCACUCGAUGCUUGCUGACGGCCUCAUCACGCAAUUGCUGUAUCCCGCACCAAAGCACAACAAGCCUACCGUCUUUCCGCUGAGCCCAGAGCCGGACGAAUGGGAGAUUAAUAGGACGGACAUAGUGAUGAGGCAUAAGUUAGGAGGCGGCCAAUACGGCGACGUGUAUGAGGCGGUGUGGAAGAGAUACAACAUGACAGUGGCGGUCAAGACGUUGAAGGAGGACACGAUGGCGUUGAAGGAUUUCCUUGAGGAGGCGGCCAUCAUGAAGGAGAUGAAGCACAGGAACUUGGUGCAGCUGCUAGGCGUUUGUACCCGGGAGCCGCCCUUCUACAUCAUCACGGAGUUCAUGAGCAAGGGCAACCUGCUGGAUUACCUGCGAAACGAGAGCAAGCAUCAGAUUAACGCCGUGGUCCUGAUGCACAUGGCCACGCAGAUCGCGAGCGGCAUGAGUUAUCUAGAGAGCAGAAAUUUCAUUCACCGCGAUCUGGCGGCGAGGAAUUGCCUAGUCGGCGAGAACCACCUCGUCAAGGUCGCGGAUUUCGGCUUGGCUCGUCUCAUGAGGGACGACACGUACACGGCGCACGCCGGCGCGAAAUUCCCCAUAAAGUGGACCGCACCGGAGGGAUUGGCGUACAAUAAGUUUUCUACGAAGUCUGACGUAUGGGCAUUCGGUAUCCUGCUGUGGGAGAUCGCUACUUACGGUAUGUCGCCGUAUCCCGGUGUCGACCUGACGGACGUUUAUCACAUGCUUGAAAAGGGCUAUCGAAUGGAGUGUCCUCCCGGUUGCCCGCCCAAGGUUUACGAGCUGAUGCGUCAGUGUUGGCAGUGGUCGGCGGCAGAUCGGCCAACCUUUAAGGAGAUACACCAUUCGUUAGAAAAUAUGUUUCAAGAAUCGAGUAUCACCGAGGAGGUAGAGAAGCAGCUUCAAGGUGGAGGGGAAAUCCCAUUACUGUCAUACAAAAAGUCACAGACUGGAAGUACGGGGAAUAUACACGGACUUGUUCUCGUGUCCGAGCAAUUAUCUUCUUCCGGCAUUACGCAAGAAGGCGCCAGUGCGGUUACGAAACUGAGUACCUUUAUGGGCGGCCUGUCGAGUAGGAGUAAUAGCAAUAUGGUCCAAAUGCGAAGGUCUACCAACAAGAAAGGAAAGCAAGCGCCAGCACCUCCAAAGAGAACUAGCCUGCUGUCGUCGUGCAGCUCUUUUCGGGACUCUGCCUACCAAGAGCAAGACCAGCAAAAUAUCGAAGUGAGCACUAUGACGCUUGACGAUGGCACAGAUCUAAAUGGUAUUGAUAAGAUUUUUGAAGGUAUCACACGUGAUCUCGUGACAAUGGCUACACAGUCAAUUACUACAGGAGGUUGCGAUAUGGACGACGAUGGAGAUGGGUCGCAAGGGACAGCAGAGCAUAACUUUGUUUCUCAACCGUCAACCUCGCCGGAACCAGUAUCCAACUUACUGUGCAAUCAGAAACAAAUUAAAUCUCGACCUUACACGUCUAAGGAAGUACUGCCUCAGAAGCUGGUACAUGUGGGUGCGCUGGAGGUGCAAAAUGUUAAGAGGGCGAUCAACCGCUACGGUACUCUGCCGAAAGGCGCCCGGAUCGGUGCGUACUUGGAGUCCCUGCGACAGAGCGGCAUGCCGUCGAAUCAGGAGAACGUCCCAGUCACCGGCCCAGUGAUGGAGCAGCAGCAGCAGGAGACCGUCGUCAUCACGAGUGUCGUCGACACGGUGCCGCAGCAUCGCUCACUCUCGCCUCGUCAGAACAAUUUGCGCAGUCAGCCGCAGAUGACGCGUAGCAACUCGUCGAGCGGCGUAGUGAACACGUAUCAACCGCCGAAUUCGCCACGCAGCCGUGCCGUGGCCGUCCGGAAGAACAACGCGGAAGGGAUCGGCCUGCGGACCUUCCGCGCGCCAAACAGUUCUAGCUUUCGCACCGCCAGCCCCUCGAGAUCGGUCCAACCGACUCUGGCUGAUCUGGAGUUUCCACCGCCGCCAGUGGACCUGCCGCCGCCUCCGGAUGAAGUCUUCGGCGAUCAGUGCGAUCUGCCGCCACCGGCGGCGACGGCGUCCCCGUGCGCCGAUACUUCCUCUUCUCACGCGAAGAUCGCAAGCUCGCCGGUCGGCCUGAGAAAGGUGAAAGCGGAGUGGCGGAGCAAGGAUGAAGUAAGCGAUUACGAUCAGGACGAGAGGAACAACGACGUGAGGAACGCGGAGCCAUCGGUGAAGGAAGCUAGCUCGCGAUUUGGCGUGAAUUUGCGACGUCGCGAGACCACUGCUUCUACCGACACGCACGGUAAGCCCACCGCGGAUGAAAAGAAGUUGAUUUACAAGCCGAAGGAGACCAACAGCGGCGCGAUAAAAGCGGAAUCGACUUCAGACACGACGAUUGCGGCUCCCGAGGAAGCACCACCGCCGCCACCACCGCCGCCGCCUCCCAUCGGCGGCGUCACCGGCAUCUGCAGUGAUACCUUCGAGUCGAAACCUGGCAUGAAGGAGAUGUUGGAGCUCAAGUUGAUCAAUGAGAUCAAGCUGAGCGCUGACAUGAAGCACGGCGGCUCUGCGAAGAAAAUCGGCAGCAUUGCCAAUAGCAAUGUGCCUUCGUCGGUGGCACCGCUCGACCCGGCGUCGCAGUUGUUGUCAGAAUUGUGCGCCAGUUUCAGCAUGGAUUCCGCCAACAAGCAGCACGUCGUUCCGAGCGAGUACGCGAUCUCGACGUUGAAGAGCAACGACGUGUCCGGUAGCGGCGGCGGCGUCCAGGAAAACGUGCACGCGCACGGUACGGCUUUCGUUGAGAAGAGCGGCAGUCACAAAUGCGAUCACAUGCCGAUGACCUCGCCGAUCACGGAGAGCCAUGUACUGAGCGCGACUAGCGUAGGUUUCAAAUUGAAGAAGGUGGACAAGAGGUGUAAUCCGCAGAAGGAGGAGAAUCCAGACGGCCAGAUAAUCGACUUCAAGGCCCGGUUGCGGAAGGUGGAUAACACGGACAAGGAGAGGGCCGCGGCGGAGGAGAAGAACAAGUCGUCGCGCUUCGACGACAGCGCGGGCAGUAACGUCGCGGAUUCAGCGGAGUCGUCCGGGGUGGACGACGCGAACGACGACAAGCGCCGUAGUACGGGUAGUAUCAGCAGUCUGAAGAAACUAUGGGAGAACAAAGAGGCUUCUUGUGAUAACCAACCGCUUAGUCCUAAAUUAAACGUACGUGGAACGAGUAGUAAGCAAGACGUCGGCGACGCCAGCGAGGACUCGCCGGAGGAUCACAGUGGCGCCUCGACCAGGAGCUCGACCAGCAAGGGCGAUCCGCGAGUUUGGCCGCCCCCGACGCCAUCCACGGACGGGGUGGAGAAGCCGGUCGUGCCGGCGAAGCCGCUGAAGCCGCUCGGACCCUCCAGCAAGCAUUUCGGUACCUCGAUAUACGCGACGCCCAACUGCAAUAAGUCGCCGUCGCAGAGCGACGAUGACGGCGGUGGCGGCAAGCAGACUGGCAACACUGGCGAAUCAAAGGGUGCAAAGCAAAGCGUGAUGGAGAUAUCGAACGUCGUAGAGAAUAGCAUUCUGAAUCUGAAAGGCAGUCCCACCAUCGUCAUGGCCAGCUGGCUGCAGCUGUCCGACAAGGUCGGCCUGCUGCACGGCAUGUGUGUCAACCUGACGGACACGGCGAUCGCACCGCACGCGAGGUUCCAGUUCCGCGACCUGCUCACCCGGCUCGAGCUGCAGGCGAGACAGCUGCGGGCCGCCGGCACGCGCAACAUCACCGAGAACACGAGACUCUUAAGUGACGUGCAGAACACGAUAAAGGACGUAAUAAACACGGUGCAGAGGUAAAGUCGCGAGCCUGGCGGAUUGAAGAAUCAAAAUCAGGGUCGUCUCGCCCUGCGAGUUCUCUCUUGCUCUCCUCAUCACGAUGGUUGCGUUAGAUUCGCGGAGUUCAUCAUCAUCCUCUCAUUGUCCCUUCAUCUCUCUAUUUCUAUCUCGGAUCCGCAUGGGACACGCGCGCGCGUAUAGUAUACAUAUAUAUAUAUAUAUAAAUCUAUAUAAAUACGUAUAUCUAAGUCACUAGCAAGAUCUAUCGAAGAGCAAAGUCUUUUUUUGGAGAGACGACUUUGAUCUUCGAGCGAGUAUACUAAGAGCGAAACUAGUGUGAAUAAGUCCUCGAUCGAUAUUAACGUCUAACGUGACUGCAUGAUCCUUGAAGGGAAUUAAUCCAAAGCCGCAUGAGCCGGUGUGCUUCCCCGAGUCACGCAGUCACCCACGCAAUGAUAUACGCAUCACCCAUAUAUGUACACACAACUCGGAAUCCCGUGCAACGCAAGAGUUCGUAUGCAUUUACACUACUUCUUCCGCCUGUAUACCGUUCGCAAUAUUUUGGAGGAUCUUUGAGAAGGAUCGCUAUACGAUCAGUGUGCAACUCACCGGGCCUGGCAGAAAUACGGCCUUAAAAAAAGGAAAUAUACACCCUUCUUCGCAUGAUCGAAUUUCUAUAUCAGGGCGUACGUGACGGUUUUCAUAUAUGAUAGUAAAUGUGAUGAUUAUAGUUACUGUAACGGAGUAACGCGAUUACGCGCAAAUUCUCAGUAGUAUAUAUAUAAUUGGAGUAUCGGCAUGAGUAGGAGUAUCGGAUGCAAGGGGCGUCGCGUGCGCGCGCGCGGAAUAUCGGCACGCUAACUCUGCUAUAUCCUCGAAGUCGCUUAAAUCGUAUCGCGUAAAUCGUUUCGUUUUACAUGUAAUUUUAUACACACACGUACAUCGCCAUCGUGCUUAGUAUAUAUACAUAUAUUAUAAUACGCGAAAUUUUUAGACUAGAAUAUAUAUAUAUAUAUAUAAAAAUACGGAAUACCUAAGCGCGCUAAGUAAGUCGUUUCAUGUGUACCGUGGGACAAUAUAAACGAUUUUGUAUUUGUAUAGAGUAAGUUGGAUAUAACAGCUAUACACGUAUACACACACAUACACAUACACGAUAAUCGUACGCCUACGUAAAAUUAUAUCCGAACAACAGGCAACAAAGUCGAAUGUAAUUAAUCAAAUUCUUGAGUGUCGUGUGCUUCGUUUCUUAUCCAUGAUGAUAUGAAAAAAAAAUAAUAAUACGGUUCUUCCAAGAGCACAGUAGCGGAAAUAUUCGCCUGAAGACAUCCAUGCGGCGUGGAAUAAUUCGUAACGUAACUUACAGGAAGUGCAUCUUAAUCGAUAGGCAUGUACGUGCCAGAAUGAAGUGAGAGCUAGAACAAAGUAACGGACAAAUAAUAAUAUACGAUAUUGUAUUAUCUGUGUCUCUGUACAGUAUUCUCCGCGUACUAUCAUGUAGAGUCGAGAUUUCGAAGUAUCAUGCAUUUGUUCACCGUUAUUUCGCACUCAUUCUUGCGUAUCGCGUCGCGAUCGUAUCGUUCGUAUCGUUUUAUAUACAUCUACUUUUCCCUUAAAAACGAAAAUGAGUAAGAUUUUAGUGAGUAUCGUAUCGUAUAGAGUUAAAUUUCUGUUGUUCAUAAUAUGACAUAAUGUUACAAAGUUCCGCGCAAACGUCCGCUGGUAGCGAUCGACUGUAUGCGUUUCCGCGCGGAGAACGAGUAAGCUAAGUUUUGUAGUAGUUUGUAAUACAUCGAGUGUGUAGGGCUAUUGCUCCGAACUGAUUUUUAUGGAGGUUUUCAGGCUUAUACUUCAUCCGGCUUGUGCUUGAUACUAAAGGAGAAUGCAAUAGCGACGGGAAAUAAGUCACCGACGAACUAUUUCUUAUUGACACUGCCUAUAUCGUACGUUACGGCUAGUAGUGUAUAUAUAUAUAUAUAUACACAUAUAUAUGUGUAUAUAUAUAUAUAUAUAUAUAGAAUUUCCCAGUAAUCUUAAAAUCAUGUACAUGUAUUCUUUCGGUCCGACUUUCCAAUCCUCUUUAUACAUUUUCUUUUUGUACCUGUGAUAAAACUAAUCAACUCCUUCGUCUCUUCUUCUUUUUAUCAAAAGAAUCAUGCUCAACAGAAACAAUAAUAGUUAUAUACGAAUGAAUUUUAGUCAACGGACGUUUAUUUGAAUGAAAUUGUAUUAUUGAAAGAGAUACUAAAAAUUAAUGUUUUAUAUAUAAUAUGUAUUAUAGUAAUUUUAUGUCUAUUUAUACUUGUGUAUUUAUUUCUAAUUUUUUCAUGUAAAAUUACUCUCCUAUCGACCAACGUACUGAUUCACUAAUACAAAAUUUUAAUAUUGCUUUAUACAUUGAUAUAA